AUGGGAGACGAUGCGGAUGAACCCCCAACAGUUGAGAAACUGAUUGAGGUUCAGAUUAGGGAUGAGAAGCAAAAAACCACGUUUGUAGGGGCAGAUCUACCCGCGCAUGAACGUGAUGGUUUGAUUACAUUGUUAAGGGCGAACGCUGACGUUUUCGCAUGGAGUUUUGCUGAAAUGCCUGGGAUAGAUCCGAACGUAGCCUGCCAUAGGCUAAAUAUCGAUGAGAAGUUCCAUCCAGUUCGUCAGAAAAUUAGGAAUAUGGCACAAAUAAAAAAAAUAUGGAGUUGCUGCAGAAAUCGAGAAGCUGUUGGAAGCAGGAUUUAUUCGACUGGGGAGACCUACCAGCAUUUGGUAGACCAUAUGUUCAAGGAUUUGAUUGGGAAGAUGAUGGAAGUAUAUAUCGACGAUAUGGUAGUAAAAUCUAAGCAAAAGGAGUCGCAUUUUAUCGAUAUUCAGAAGAUGUUCGAUAUCUUGAGGCGAUAUCGUAUGAAGCUCAAUCCAACAAAAUGUUCAUUCGGGCUAUCCUUGAAAAAGUUCCUUGGAUACUUGAUGACGCACAGAGGAAUCGAGGUGAAUCCGGAACAAAUCAGAGCCAUCAGAGAGAUGUCAUCCCCUAGAACGAAGAAGGAGGUCCCGCAGCUAGCAGGGCGAUUAACAUCUUUAAAUCUUUUCAUGUCACGCUCGUCGGAUCGAUUCAAACCAUUCUUUGACGUUUUGAAGAAAGCAGUGCAUUUUGGUUGGGCGGAUGAGUGCGAGAAAGUCUACGAUGAAAUCAAACAAUAUUUUCCAACUCCCCCAGUACUGCAUGUUUUCUUCGUCAGUAAAUAUUUGAUGGGGGAGGAAACACGGUACAUAAAAAUUAAAAAGAUAGCACUUGCACUGUUGCAUGCAUCACAUCGCCUCAAACCAUAUUUCCAAGGGAGACAGAUUGUAGUCUACUCUGAAUAUACGCUAAAGAGAGUCCUGGAACGUGCUGAUGAUUCCAACCGACUAGCCAUAUGGUCAAAUUUUCUGGGGGCGUAUGGAAUCAAGUACGAAACCAGAAAUGCAGAGAAGGGACACGCUCUGGCUGCACUGUUAGCAGAUUCCCCCGUGGACGACAUAGAAACAGUUACCGAAGAAGAAGAGUUGUUAGCUGGAGUUGGAUAUGUCAUCCUUACUCCCGAAGGAUCAAGGAUCGAGAAAGCAACUAGAUUUGGUUUUCGUGCAUCCAAUAAUGAAGCUGGGUAUGAAAAAGCGAUUAUCGGGUUAAAGGCUGUCAAACAGUUAGAGGCAAAGAACGUUAAGCUGAGAACAGAUUCCAUGCUAGUAGUUAAUCAUUUUCUGGGCACCUAUAGAGCAAAAGAAGAGAGGAUGGCCUUAUAUUUGGAUCAUAUGAGAGAGCUGGUAAAUGAAUUCGACCAGUUCUCUAUCGGGCAGCGACCACAGUUGGAAAACAGUCACGCAGACACUUUAGCAUAUCAGUUCUCCGCAGUCGAUACUGAUACCACCUGUUUUGUUUUAGUGGAUUUCCAAGAGUUACCUAGCAUCUCUGAAAACCACUUUGUUCUGGCUCUCGAACACGCUAGUGAGGGCGAGUGGGUAACUACAUCAGCACAGGAAGAUAUAGAAAACACUGACAGCAAUAUGGAUGUUGACAGUCCAGUGAUAGACGAUUCAGACAAUCCUGCUGAAAACGUUUCAGACUGGUGUCAACCUUAUAUCCGGUAUUUGACAACCAGUGAGCUCCCAGAAGAUGAGAAACUCGCUUCAAAGGUGAAAAAUAAUGCAUGGAUAUAUUCAAUGAUCGAGGGACAGUUAUACCACAAACAUGUAGCCUUGGAGCCAUUUUUGCGGUGUGUAUCAGCCGAAGAAGGAUAA